AUGGAGGUAGCGGAGGUACUGGAGCUGUUGGAGUUGAGGGUGCUGAAGGAGUUGGAGCUGGAGGCGCUGGAGCUGGAGCUGGUGGAGGUACUGGAGCUGCUGGUCGCGGAGGUGCUCAUACUCGAGGUACUAGAGCUGCUAGAGCUGGUGGUGCUGCAGGCGUUGGAGCUGGAGACCCUUGGGCUGGAGGCGCUGGCCCUGGGGGUGCUGGUGUUGUUGGUGCUGGUUCUGGAGGCAGUGUGCGGUCGCGACCGUACUUCGUUCCACUCCUUCAGCAGGUUCUUGCGUCCUCCUCCUGUCCCCGGCACGCACCAUAUGGCACUUCGUCCUUCCUCUGUUCCACUACGUGUCCCUCUGCCGUCUCCUCCUGCGUCCUCCCUUGCUGACGCUCCGGACCCCGAGUCUGACUCACUUCAUGCUGCCAGCCCUACUAUCACGCGUCUGCUAGCUACAGUUGUCACUGACCCUUCCUUUACGUCCACUGCUGCGUCUGCCUUAGUUGCUGAGCUUGUCGACUUUGCUGCUCGUUGUUGUCUCGCCUACGCCGCUAGGUUUUUUGCUGAGUCGGAGUCUGUCUCUCCCCCGUCUGUCGGGGGUGAGUGUGCUCUUGGCACGGACGUUCCUUGA